AUGGCACACCAGCGCGCCAGGGAAGCGCAAAGAAAGUGGCAGCAGCGAGUGGCCGCGUCACCGGACAACAAGGCCAGGGAAGCGGAGCGUAGACGGCAGCAGGGAGUGGCCGCGUCACCAGACACCAAGGCCAGGGAAGCGAGCGUAGACGGCAGCAGGGACUGGCCGCGUCACCCGACACCAAGGCCAGGGAAGCGGAGCGUAGACGGCAGCAGGGAGUGGCCGCGUCACCCGUCACGAAGGCCAGGGGAAGCGGAGCCUAGACGGCAGCAGGGAGUGGCCGCGUCACCGGACACCGAGGCCAGGGAAGCGGAGCGUAGACGGCAGCAGAGAGUGACCGCGUCACCCGACACCAAGGCCAGGGAAGCGGAGCGUAGACGGCAGCAGGGAGUGGCCGCGUCACCGGACACCAAGGCCAGGGAAGCGGAGCGUAGACGGCAGCAGGGAGUGGCCGCGUCACCGGACACCAAGGCCAGAGAAGCGGAGCGUAGACUGCAGCAGGGAGUGGCCGCGUCAACGGACACAAGGCCAGGGAAGCGGAGCGGAGACGGCGGCAGGAGUGGCCGCGUCAACGGACACAAGGCCAGGGAAGCGGAGCGGAGACGGCGGCAGGGAGUGUCCGCGUCACCGGACACCGAGGCCAGGGAAGCGGAGCGUAGACGGCAGCAGAGAGUGACCGCGUCACCGGACACCAAGGCCAGGGAAGCGGAGCGUAGACGGCAGCAGGGAGUGGCCGCGUCACCGGACACCAAGGCCAGAGAAGCGGAGCGUAGACUGCAGCAGGGAGUGGCCGCGUCAACGGACACAAGGCCAGGGAAGCGGAGCGGAGACGGCGGCAGGGAGUGUCCGCGUCACCGGACACCAAGGCCAGGGAAGCGGAGCGUAGACGGCAGCAGUGAGCGGCCGCGUCACCGGGCACCAAGGCCAGGGGAAGCGGAGCGUAGACGGCAGCAGGGAGUGGCCGCGUCACCGGACACCGAGGCCAGGGAAGCGGAGCGUAGACGGCAGCAGAGAGUGACCGCGUCACCCGACACCAAGGCCAGGGAAGCGGAGCGUAGACGGCAGCAGGGAGUGGCCGCGUCACCGGACACCAAGGCCAGGGAAGCGGAGCGUAGACGGCAGCAGGGAGUGGCCGCGUCACCGGACACCAAGGCCAGAGAAGCGGAGCGUAGACUGCAGCAGGGAGUGGCCGCGUCAACGGACACAAGGCCAGGGAAGCGGAGCGGAGACGGCGGCAGGGAGUGUCCGCGUCACCGGACACCAAGGCCAGGGAAGCGGAGCGUAGACGGCAGCAGUGAGCCGCCGCGUCACCGGGCACCAAGGCCAGGGAAGCGAGCGCCAGGGAAGCGGAGCAUAGACGGCAGCAGGGAGUGGCCGCGUCACCCGUCACCAAGGCCAGGGGAAGCGGAGCGUAGACGGCAGCAGGGAGUGGCCGCGUCACCGGACACCAAGGCCAGGGAAGCGGAGCGUAGACGGCAGCAGCGAGCGGCCGCGUCACCGGACACCGAGGCCAGGGAAGCGGAGCCUAGACGGCAGCAGAGAAUGACCGCGUCACCCGACACCAAGGCCAGGGAAGCGGAGCGUAGACGGCAGCAGGGAGUGGCCGCGUCACCAGACACCAAGGCCAGAGAAGCGGAGCGUAGACUGCAGCAGGGAGUGGCCGCGUCAACGGACACAAGGCCAGGAAAGCGGAGCGUAGACGGCGGCAGGGAGUGUCCGCGUCACCGGACACCAAGGCCAGGGAAGCGGAGCGUAGACGGCAGCAGCGAGCGGCCGCGUCACCGGGCACCAAGGCCAGGGAAGCAGAACGAAUUUGGCAGCCGUGGUUGUCGUCGCAACCUGGUCACAUAG